GAAGUCCGAACUGUUGUCUCCGCCGCCGCAGCAGCUGCUGCGCGCCUCCUGUCCUGGGCUCCUGCACCUCCCCACGUCCCCAGCCUACCCCGGGUCCACUUGGGCUCCUCGGGGACUUUGGUGUAGGGGGGAGCGAUUUCCAGAAGUUUCCAGAAAGCUGCACGUCCCAACAACGAGGAGACGCGUGGGGACCCCUCUCUGGCCCCCCCCCACUCCACCCCAGCCUACCUCCGGUGCGGUGCGCACCCAGUUGUCUCGCCCUAGCCAUGGAAGGCGUGGAGGACGCCGAGGCCGACUGCUCCGUGGCCUUCGCAGAGGCUCAGAGAUGGGUGGAGGCCGUAACCGGGAAGAAUUUUGAAGCAAAGGAUUUUCGAGCCUCCCUAGAAAACGGUGUUCUGUUGUGUGAUUUGAUUAACAAGCUCAAACCAGGCAUCAUCAAGAAGAUCAAUAGACUCUCUACACCAAUAGCCGGUUUGGAUAACAUAAACGUUUUUUUGAAAGCUUGUGAACAGAUUGGAUUGAAAGAAGCCCAGCUCUUUCAUCCUGGGGAUCUACAGGAUUUAUCAAAUCGAGUCACUGUCAAGCAAGAAGAGACCGUUAGAAGAGUGAAAAAUGUUUUAAUAACUCUUUACUGGCUUGGAAGAAAAGCACAAAACAACCCUUACUAUAAUGGUCCCUAUUUGAACCUGAAAGCAUUUGAGAAUCUUUUAGGACAAGCGCUGACUAAGGCCCUUGAAGAUUCCAGCUGCCUGAAAAGAAGUGGCCGAGACAGCGGUUACGGUGAUACCUGGUGUCCCGACCGAGGUGAACUUCCUGUUCCUCCAGGCAGGCAUCGGAGGGAAGAUUCUUGUGAGAGCUUGGAUUCUGUGGGGUCCAGGUCACUGACCAGCUGCUCCUCAGACAUCACACUCAGAGGACGAGAAGGUUCGGGAAGUGACACCGAUUGGGAAUCGGCGUUCAGAAUGCAGGACUGUAACAAAGACGACAUGUCCUAUCGGAGGAUUUCAGCCAUCGAGCCCAAGUCUGCCUUACCGUUCAACCGCUUCUUGCCUAACAAAAGUAGGCAGCCAUCCUAUGUGCCAGCCCCCCUGAGGAAGAAGCAGCCAGACAAAAACGAGGGUAACCGAAGGAGCUGGGCAAGCCCUGUGUACACAGAAGCAGAUGGAACCUUUUCAAGUAACCAGAGAAAGACUUGGGGCACCAAGAUGGAGAACUGGUCAGCCACUCGAGAAACUUCCAUCUCCUCUUGUUAUCUGGAAGAGGAAGAAGAAAAACUCACAAGCGUCCCCAACCUUGUCAAGGACGACUUCUAUGUGCGCAAGCUAAGUCCCAUCAUGCCAAGCCCAGGCAGUUCUGAUCAGUUCCUCCCCAAGUGUUGGACUCCCGAGGAAGCGAGCUGGAAAAGAAUAAAAAGGGGAAACUAUAAGCCGUGGUAUAAGGAGUUUCAGGGGUUCAGUCAGUUCUUAUUGCUUCAGGCCCUUCAAACAUACUCUGAUGACAUCUUGUCUUCCGAAACACAUGUCAGAAUCGAUCCCACUUCUGGCCCAAGGCUUAUAACACGCAGAAAGAAUCUCCCUCAUGCAUCGGGCUGCGGAGGCGAUGACCUUGAGGUGCCAGCCCUCGAUCCCGACUUAGAAAACGACGAUUUCUUUGUCAGAAAAACCGGGGCUUUCCGUGCAAACCCAUGCGUCCUUCGAGCCUUCGAAGACUUCAGAAGGUUAUCUGAGCCAGAUGACCCAGUAGAGCGAGACAUAAUUUUGCAGUGCCGCGAAGGUGGGCUGGUACUUCCAGAUCUAGAGAAAGAUGAUAUGAUUGUUCGCCGAAUUCCCGCUCAGAAGAAGGAAGUGCCCCUGUCGGGGGCCCCAGAUAGAUACCAUCCGGUCCCUUUCCCCGAACCCUGGACUCUGCCUCCGGAAAUUCAGGCAAAAUUUCUCUGUGUCCUGGAAAGGACCUGCCCCCCAAAGGACAGAAGCAGCAGUUGUGGGGUGUUAGUCCCUUCCUACCGGCAGAAGAAAGAUGACAUGUUGACGCGCAAGAUCCAGUCUUGGCAGCUGGGCGCUGCUGUGACCCCCGUCAGUUUCAUGCGUGGCCCCUGCAGUGAGGCCGACCUGCAGAAGUGGGAGGCUAUCCGGGCGGCCAGCCGACGUAGGCACAGGAAACGGCUGAUGGUGGAGAGACUCUUUCAAAAGAUGUAUGGUGAGAAUGGGAGCAAAUCCCUGAGCGAUGUCAGCGCCGAGGACGUCCAGAGCCUGCGGCAGCUACGCUACGAGGAGAUGCAGAAAAUAAAGUCACAAUUGAAAGAACAAGACCAGAAAUGGCAGGAUGACCUUGCAAAAUGGAAAGAUCGUCGGAAAAGUUACACUUCAGAUCUUCAGAAGAAAAAAGAAGAGAGGGAAGAAAUUGAAAAGCAGGCGCUUGAGAAGUCUGACCGAAGCUCCAAGACAUUUAAGGAAAUGCUGCAGGACAGGGAAUCCCAAAAUCAGACGUCUAUGGUCACGUCGAGGAGGAGGAUGUAUUCCUCUGUUGAUGCGCUGGAUGAUGAAGAGUUCUUACCCAGGCUGGCUGGGUCAGAAGCCACUCACCAGAGUGAGAGACUUGCAGAGAAAGGAACGGUGCAUCCUACUGAGAUGCCCAAGGAAGAUUCCCCAGCUUUUACGAAGAGACAGGACAGUGCAGCUGCCGAAGUUCCCCUUCCUCCUAAAAGCCUUGAAGAAGAGCGACUCCAAGCCCCCUUGAGCACACGGACAGAGUCGACUCGAGUUUCAGCUUCUCUCCCCAGAAGUUACCAGAAAACUGAUACAGCCAGGUUAACAUCUGUGGUCACAGCGAGACCUUUUGGCGCCCAGUCAAGGGGAAUCUCAUCACUCCCCAGAUCCUUCACGAUGGAUGAUGGCUGGAAGUAUAACGGAGAUGUUGAAGGCAUCAAGGGAACGCAGCACAAUUUGGCCAGUACCACUGCCCAGAAGUCUGACACCAGCCAGCUCACUCUGAGCUCGCCCAGUGAACGAGAGGCACCCACAGGAGAAGGUGUGGCAAAGUUGCCCUCUCCGACUCUCCCCUCCUCAUCUUUCUCCAAAGACCAGGCUGUCACAUCUAAAGCCACACUGUCUUCCGUGACUGGCCUGGAUUCAGUGUCUGACUCUGCAGAAGGGAGAAGCUCGCUCCUGAGGGAGGUUACAAGGUCCCAGGAUCAGUUCAGCGAUAUGAGAAUCAGCAUAAACCAGACACCGGGCAAGAACAUUGACUUUGGGUUUACAGUAAAAUGGGAUUUUUCUGGGAUCUUUGUGGCAUCUGUUGAAGCAGGUAGCCCAGCAGAGUUUUCUCAGCUGCAGGUAGAUGAUGAAAUUAUUGCCAUUAACAACACCAAGUUUUCAUACAAGGAUACAAAAGAGUGGGAGGCGGCCAUGGCAAAUGCUCAGAAAACUGGAACCCUAGUGAUGGAUGUCAGGCGCUAUGGGAAGUCUGACUGGGGCAAAGACCAACUUUCCCUGCCAUUCACACGGCAUAAAACCCUCAAUCUCACCAGUAUGGCUACCAAAAUUAUAGGUUCACCCGAAACAAAGUGGACUGAUACAACUUCUGGAAUUUACCACUCAGACAAGUCUUCGAGCCUGUCAAUAACCACUGAUUUCUCUGAAAGCCUUCAGAGUCCUUGUGCUGAACCCAAAGAAAUCAAUGGAAUUCACGAGGAAAGCAACACAAGUUCUGAACCAAAAGCAUCUGAACCCAUUUCUUUGAGAAACUUAAAAAGACGAUCACAAUUUUUUGAACAAGGAAGCUCGGAUUCUGUGGCUCCUGAUCUUCCAGCUCCAACCCUCAGUGCCCCAAGUCGCUGGGCAUGGGAUCAAGAGGAAGAGCGGAAGCGGCAGGAGAGGUGGCAGAAGGAGCAGGACCGUUUGCUGCAGGAAAAAUACCAACGUGAGCAAGAGAAACUGAGGGAAGAGUGGCAGCGUGCUAAGCAGGAGGCUGAGAGGGAGAACUGCAAGUAUUUGAACGAGGAGCUGAUGGUCCUAAACUCGCACAGCAUUUCUAGGACCGCGCGGGAGCCCAUCGCCACCUGGGAAGCCACCUGGAGUGAGGGGUCCAAGUCUUCUGACAGGGAAGGAACCCGAGCUGGAGAGGAGGAGAAGAGAACCCCGGAAGAGGAUGUUGCUCAGGAGGACCAAAGGCAGAAGCUGCAGGAACAGCUCGUUCUCGAGCAGGAGAGGAAAUUGAAGGAGCAACAGUUUCAGGAAGAGCAGGAGCUUCGCGAGCAGCAGGAAGCUGAGGCCCAGGCCCAGGCUCAGGCUCAGGCCCUGGCACAAGCCCAGGCUCAGGCUCAGGCCCUGGCACAAGCCCAGGCCCAGGCUCAGGCCCUGGCACAAGCCCAGGCCCAGGCUCAGGCCCUAGCACAGGCCCAGGCUCAGGCUCAGGCCCUGGCACAAGCGCAGGCCCAGGCUCAAGCCCUGGCACAGGCCCAGGCUCAGGCUCAGGCCCUGGCACAAGCCCAGGCCCAGGCUCAGGCUCUGGCACAGUCCCAGGCCCUCCAGGAUCAGGCCCAGGCCCAGGCCCAGAAGCACCAUGCCGAAGAGCAGAAGCACCAGGCAGAGAGGGAGAGGGAAACAUCUGUCAAAAUCUACCAGUAUAGGAGGCCCAUUGAUUCCUAUGACAUGCCAAAGAAAGAGGAACAAUCUUCAGGAUUGCUUACUAGCGACAGGAGUAAAUCCAGGUCUACCACUGAACUAGACAAUUACCCCACAAAUAAAAACGGAAGCAGCAAAUAUUUAGACCGAAUCGGGCACACUGGCUUCUCCCAGAGGAGUGUCAAGAAGGAUCAGGUCCCCUCCGAAGCAGAGUUGGAGAGACAACAAAUCCUUCAGGAAAUGAGGAAGAGGACGUCACUUCACAAUGACAACAGCUGGAUCCGCCAGCGCAGCUCCAGUGUGGUGAACAAGGAGCCCAUCUGUCUGCCCGGGGUCAUGAGAAGAGGGGAGUCUCUGGACAACCUGGACUCGCCGCGGCCCAGUUCUUGGCGGCAAUCCCCUUGGCACAGCCAGCCUGCGGGAGUCCACGCCUCUGCGUCCGUUCAAGACUUCAGUCGCCCACUGCCACCGCCGGUGUCCACCUCAAACCGUGCCUACAUGCGGAACCCAUCCUCCACCGCGCCCGCUUCUUCAGCUGGCCCCGUGAAGGCAACCAUUCCAGGCCCGGGCACCUCACAGUCCCCAACCCCACGCAGUCAUUCUCCUUCUAUGUCACAGCCUGGCUCUCAGCUCCGUAACAGGUCAGUGAGUGGGAAGCGCGUGUGCUCCUACUGCGAUAGCAUUCUGGGCAAAGGAGCUGCCAUGAUCAUCGAGUCCCUGGGUCUGUGUUAUCAUUUGCAUUGUUUCAAGUGCGUGUCCUGUGAGCGUGACCUCGGAGGCUCCUCCUCAGGAGCCGAAGUCAGAAUCAGAAACCACCAGCUCUACUGCAAUGACUGCUAUCUCCGAUUCAAAUCUGGACGGCCAACCGCCAUGUGACGUAAGCCUCCACUGGAAAGCGCUGCUGCAGAUACAAGAGGAAGGUUUGCUGCUGGUGUAGGUCUAUAAUACACGGUGUCUGUCUCAGUUUUUGCUCCUUUUUUAAAAUAAUGUUGUUGUCUUUUUUUGCCUUGUUAGAUUACACAGGAACCCUGUAGUCCUGUUAGAAGCUGUAUUUUGUUGUUGUUUAUUUAUAAGAAGGUAAUUGUGUGUGGGGGGAAAAGUGCAGUAUUUACUUUGGGAAUUCAACAUCUUAAAAGCACAAGGGGAGGGCAAAAACCCAAGAGCUUAGGAAAAAACGUUUCUGAGGCUGAUAAUGAUCUCAUUUGACUCUUUGGUGGUGUUUUGAAGAGGGUAUUUUAUUGUUUUUUUUUUUAAGUUCUUAAAUAUUAUUUGAAAUAAUAUAAAUGUUUAAUGGCAUUUGCUCUGUUUAUUGUAAUGUAUUCUAAGUUAAUGUGGAACUACAUGGAAGCUUUCAUUGAAGUCCACACAUAAAUUUGCUUUUGUAAGUCUUCUUUCUACCCAUGUGAUGCAACUGAAAAAUUACUUCGCUUGUGUAACAUUUUAUUUGCUUGAGGCGGGUGCUCUUUUUUUUUUUUUUUUCCAUGAGAACUGUUUCUAAGCAAAUUCCAGUAGAAAGCUGCUUAUUUUCAAUAAUGAAAAAUAACCACAGUUUGUAUACCAGGAGUUUUCUCCAGAAACUUGUAAGCGUUUUUUGUUUCACUGCAUUUGUAAAUAAAGUUGGUAAUGCAUUUA